AUGGCUGUAACUACACUUCCAGACGAACUCAACUGGACUGAAUAUCUUUUUACUGGCAUAUAUACUGGUGAAAUAAUUAUAAAAGUAUUAGCAAGAGGAUUUGUUUGGAAUGAAUUUACCUUUCUUCGAGAUCCAUGGAACUGCUUGGAUUUUGUCGUUAUUCUUGUAACGUAUGUUACUUUGUGUAAAAGUCCGGGCAAGGUUUCAGCUCUUCGAACUUUCAGAGUACUGAGGACUUUGAAAGCUAUUUCAGUAAUACCAGGUCUGAAAGUCAUCGUAAAUUCACUUAUUGAAUCUGUUAAGAAACUUACGGAUGUGUUGAUCUUGACUGUUUUUUGCUUGAGUGUAUUUGCUCUAAUAGGCCUCCAACUUUUUAUGGGUAAUUUAACAUCCAAAUGUGUCCUCAGCAAUGCUACAUACGAUGACACAUUAUGUAAGGAUGCCAAGAUAUAUGUACCAGAUGAUACAG